ACCCACAAUAUCUAAUUGUCCCUUCUCUUCUCUCUAUCACACUACUUCACACAUCAUGGCUCUCUCCAUUAGAACCUCCCUCUUCUUCUUCUUCACUACACUUGUUCUUCUCUCCACUCAAAUCCAUGCAAGAGACAGCUACUUCUUUGGAAAAUUCCAUAGAGAAUCCACCAAAGAUCAAAACCCUAACAGUUUCAUCCCCCUUGAGACUAGCGAGAAAACCACCGUAGAAGAAUCCGUCCCCAACAAGAAAGAGCAAGAACAAGAUCCUACCUUUGUCCCCGAGUCUGAAAACGGCUAUGGCUUGUAUGGUCACGAGACCACCUACAACAACAACAAAGAAGAGUUCAACAACAACAACAAGAACGAUGAAAAAGUCAACAGCAAGACUUUCUCCACUCCAAGCCUGAGCGAGACCGAGGAGUCUUUCAACAACUACGACGAAAAGUACCCGACGAAAACAGAGAGCUACGGCACUAACGGUUACAACAAUGAAGAGUUCAAUAACAACAACAACAAGUACGAUGCAAACUUCAAGGAAGAGUUCAACAACAACAAGUACGAUGAGAAUUACGCCAAGGAAGAGUUCAACAACAACAACAACUACAAGUACGAUGAAAACGUCAAGGAGGAGUCUUUCCCCGAGAACAAUGAAGACAACAAGAGAAACGUUUACAACUCUAACGCUUACGGGACAGAGCUAGAACGUGAAACACCGUACAAAGGUUACAGCCACAACUUGGAGAGACAAGGCAUGAGUGACACAAGGUUCAUGGAGAAAGGUAGUUACUACUACGACCUUUACAACGACAGAAACCACGGCCAUUACUACCGAAAGUCUCACAGCAAAAGCCCCGCUGGUUAUUAUUCUUCUCCCGCGACCGAGACUAACUACGACCAGCAAUCGUAUUCGUACGGAAACAACAACAACAACAAUGAGGAGAAUAGUUUUAAGGAUCCGUACAACUCUAAAUGGGAGAAGAACUUGAUGAACGAAAAGCCUGAAGAGUUUGUUGAGGAGCAAGGCACUAAUCAGUUCAAGCCUUGAUGAAGAUUGUUAU